AUGAUUUACACCGCCAAUUCGUCCCCUUCCACCAACCUGCAGUGGCUCAGUACCCUGAACACGGAUGACAUUCCCACCAAGAACUACCGAAAGUCGUCCAUCAUUGGUACUAUCGGUCCCAACACAAACUCCGCCGAGAUGAUCUCCAAGCUUCGACAAGCUGGUCUCAACAUUGUUCGAAUGAACUUCUCCCACGGCUCGUACGAGUACCACCAGUCCGUCAUUGAGAACGCCCGAGAGUCCGAGCAGCAGUUCCAGGGCCGACCCCUGGCCAUUGCUCUCGACACCAAGGGCCCCGAGAUCCGAACCGGUGUCACCAAGGACGACAAGGACUGGGACGUCAAGGCCGGCCAUGUCAUGCUCUUCUCCACCAACCCCAAGUACAAGGACCAGUGCGACGAUAAGAUCAUGUACAUUGACUACACCAACAUUGUCAAGCAGAUUGACAUUGGCAAGAUCAUCUUCGUUGACGACGGUGUUCUGUCCUUCAAGGUUCUCGAGAAGAUUGACGGCGAGACCCUCAAGGUCGAGACUCUCAACAACGGUAAGAUCUCUUCUCGAAAGGGUGUCAACCUCCCUGGCACCGAUGUCGAUCUCCCCGCUCUGUCCGAGAAGGACAAGGCCGAUCUCAAGUUUGGUGUUGAGCACGGUGUCGACAUGAUCUUUGCCUCUUUCGUCCGAACCGCCAACGACGUCCAGGCCAUCCGAGACGUGCUCGGCGAGAAGGGCAAGGGCAUCCAGGUCAUCUCCAAGAUUGAGAACCAGCAGGGUGUCAACAACUUUGACGAGAUUCUGAAGGAGACCGACGGUGUCAUGGUUGCCCGAGGAGACUUGGGUAUCGAGAUCCCCGCCCCCCAGGUUUUCAUUGCCCAGAAGCAGCUGAUCGCCAAGUGUAACCUGGCCGGAAAGCCCGUCAUCUGUGCCACCCAGAUGCUCGAUUCCAUGACCUACAACCCCCGACCCACCCGAGCCGAGGUCUCUGAUGUCGGUAACGCCGUCCUUGAUGGUGCUGACUGUGUCAUGCUGUCUGGUGAGACGGCCAAGGGAACCUACCCCAUUGAGUCCGUCAAGAUGAUGCACGAGACCUGUCUGGUUGCCGAGAAGGCCAUUGCCUAUGCUCCUCUGUUCAAUGAGAUGCGAACCCUGACUGUCCGACCCACCGAGACCGUCGAGACCAUUGCUAUCUCCGCCGUGUCUGCUUCUUUCGAGCAGCAGGCCCGAGCUAUUAUUGUGCUGUCCACAUCGGGAACCUCCGCCCGACUGUGUUCCAAGUAUCGACCCAACUGUCCCAUUCUUAUGGUGACUCGAAACGCACAGGCCGCUCGAUUCUCCCAUCUGUACCGAGGCGUCUACCCCUUCAUCUACCACAAGGCCCGAGCUUCCAACCCUGCCGAGUGGCAGCACGAUGUUGAGGAGCGACUCAAGUGGGGUAUGGACGAGGCUGUUGCUCUUGGUAUUCUUAACAAGGGCGAUGUUGUUGUCGCCAUCCAGGGAUGGACCGGUGGUCUUGGCCACACCAACACUCUCCGAGUUCUCGAGUGUGUCUAA